AUGCUUGCUGUUGAGGCGAGUGAAGCUGAGGGUGGAAUCCGAGAGCGGGAGGAGGAGGAGAAGGAGGAGGAGGCAGCAGAGAGGACGCCCACGGGAGAAAAGUCUCCAAACUCUCCCAGGACUUUGCUGUCUCUGAGAGGGAAGGCCCGGACGGGGGGCCCCAUGGAAGUCAAGCUGGAGCUGCACCCCCUGCAGAACAGGUGGGCUCUGUGGUUCUUCAAGAAUGACCGCAGCCGGGCCUGGCAGGAUAACCUGCACCUGCUCACCAAGGUGGACACUGUGGAGGACUUCUGGGCGCUAUACAGUCACAUCCAGCUGGCCAGCAAGCUCUCCUCUGGCUGUGACUAUGCCUUGUUCAAGGAUGGCAUCCAGCCCAUGUGGGAGGACAGCAGGAAUAAGCGGGGUGGCCGCUGGCUGGUCAGCCUGGCCAAGCAGCAGCGUCACAUUGAGCUGGACCGGCUGUGGCUGGAGACGCUGCUGUGUCUGAUCGGGGAGAGCUUUGAGGAACACAGCAGGGAGGUAUGUGGGGCCGUCAUCAACAUCCGCACCAAGGGGGACAAGAUCGCUGUGUGGACGAGGGAGGCGGAAAACCAGGCGGGCGUGCUGCACAUUGGGCGUGUAUACAAAGAGCGCCUGGGCCUCUCCCCAAAGACCAUCAUUGGGUACCAGGCCCAUGCAGACACAGCCACCAAGAGCAACUCCCUAGCCAAGAACAAGUUUGUGGUGUGAG